AUGCAACAUAAUACUGCCGCAAUGAAUUCUCCUGCAUUUGAAGCAUCCUGCCAUAACUCAAAUGAUGUCAGCGAGACUCUGCAAAAUAUAAAGAUGGCUCUGGAAGAAAGUGCUACAAAGACGGGAACAACUAUUGUUGGAGUAAAAGGGAAUACAUUUGUUAUACUUGCUGCAGAUACCAGAUCAACCAAUGGUCCAAUCAUAGCAGACAAAAAUGUAAGCAAAAUACACACAAUAUCAAAGAACAUUAGCUGUUGUGGUGCAGGUACUGCUGCUGAUACCCGGUACACCACUAAAAUGGCAGAAACUGCCCUGCACCUAUUCAGUCUGAAGUAUAAUAGAGUUCCUCUGCUUUCAUACUGUGUGAAUAUUUUGAAGAGGCACCUGUUCUCCUACCAGGGGCAUAUUUCUGCUAGUUUAAUACUCGGAGGAGUUGAUGAGCAUGGCCCUGGGCUCUUUGGAAUACACCCACACGGAAGUGUAGAUACCCUUCCAUACACUGCACAGGGGUCUGGAUCAUAUGCGGCCAUAGGUAUGCUUGAAACAGGAUGGAAGCCAGAUAUGAGUGAGCAAGAGGCAAUAGACCUAGCAUGCAAGGCAAUUGAAGCAGGUAUCCGAAAUGAUCUAUACUCUGGAUCUAAUAUUGACAUCUGCAUCAUACGCCAGGACAGCCAGGAAGUAUUCCAGAAAGAGCAUAAGAGAACCUACAAAGAAAUAGGAAAGAAGGGAGAAAGAGCAAAUACAUAUGUCUACCCUAGAGAAAGCGUAAAAAUACUUAAAGAAGAUGUGUUCAACUUAGUAACUGUCACAAAUGAGAUGGAAGUAGAGUAUUAGUAAUAAAUACUGUG